AUGUAUUGGACGAAUCCACGAAUUCAUGGCUUUCGUAUUAUCAUGGCCCGAAUCAUAGUUGGCAUGUUAAUUAUCCCGCUGGCUUUUUCAUACCCAUUUGGUGGAAUUGAAACCCGCGCUUCAAGCAUUCAAGACUGCUUGACUCAGCACUCUGUUCCAUAUCAAGAUAGUUCCUCGUCUUCUUGGGCUACAACAAUUUCCCCUUAUAAUCUUCGGUUACCAUACACCCCAGCUGUUGUCACUUUACCUACCACCUCACAACAUGUCAGUGACGCAAUCACUUGUGCGGCCGCUGCCGGACUUAAAGUACAGGCCAAAUCAGGCGGGCAUUCAUAUGCUAGCUAUUCAACUGGUGGUAAAGAUGGAAGUCUCAUCGUCAGUCUCGAGAACUUCAAUUCUAUAAGUGUUGAUGCUCAAACCAACAUUGCUACCGUUGGAGGAGGUGUACGUUUAGGAAACCUCGCUCUUGGACUCUACAGUCAAGGUAAACGAGCUGUUCCACAUGGGACAUGUCCAGGUGUUGGAAUAGGUGGACAUUUCACUCAUGGAGGUUAUGGAUACGCAUCGAGAUUUUGGGGUCUGGCUCUUGAUACUAUCGUUGGUCUCGAUGUUGUUCUUGCCAACGGAACACAAAUCCACACGACGGCCACAGCUUAUCCUGAUGUUUUCUACGCAAUGAGAGGGGCUGCCGAUUCGUUUGCUAUUGCUACAACCUUCUACCUCCAGACUUUUGCGGCUCCAUCGUCUGUUCUUACUUUCUCAGCUAGUAUACCAGCAACAUUAGAUAGUGUCAGCACUGCCGUCUCGUCCUUCACCAAACUCCAAGAACUUACUCUCGACUCUACCAAAAUCGAUAAAAGUAUCACAUUAGGUAUUUACACCGACAACUAUGGAUCAUUCAGUCUUAGUGGCUGGUGCAUGAGCUGUGAUCAGAACCAAUUCGAGAGCGUCACUUUUCCAGCAAUAUUGGCUGCUUUUCCCACCGCCGCUACCAGCAGUGUUAAAUCUCUAGGAUGGACAGAUGCUUUAGUCAGUGCAGACAAUGGAGGUCAGCUUCAGGAACCAUUAACUGGAUACGAGGCUCACGAUACAUUUUACGCCAAAUCUGUGGUUACGAAGAAUGCAAAGCCGUUGACUUCUGCUCAGUUGACUAGCUACUUCACUUACAUUCUGAAUCAAGGAAGAAGUGCUCCUUCUCCUUGGUAUACUAUCAUCGAUCUAUAUGGAGGUGCCGAUAGUCAGAUAAAUGUGCCUUCUUCUGACUCUUCGGCAUACUCUGAUCGUGACGCUCAUUGGGUUUUCCAGAACUACGGCUUUACAUCCAACUCUUUGCCACCAUAUGAUGACGCGAUAACGCCCUUUGUCGACUCUCUCAAUAGCGCUCUCUCAGCUGGUGCAUCCAGUGAUUUUGGAGUAUAUCUCAACUACGUAGACCCAGAACUAAGUGCAAACAAUGCCGCAAUGCUCGGCUACGGACAAACUGCUUACAACAAAUUAUUAGCCAUUAAAAAAACCAUUGAUCCCAACGAAGUGUUCUGGAAUCCACAAAGUAUUGGCGCUGCUGAUGAUAAUACUGGAAAUAGUGGUAGUGAAACCACCAGCUCAGCUACAUCUACAUCUACAUCUACAUCUGCGACGUCAAAAGCAACUGCAACAUCGUCGUUGAAAGUCUCAACUGAUGCUUCGUGUGGUAAUGGGUAUACGUGCAAUGGAAGCUCGUUUGGAAAUUGCUGUUCGCAGUAUGGAUGGUGUGGUAGUACGAGUACGUACUGUGGGACUGGAUGUCAGAGUGGAUUCGGAACUUGUUCGUGA